UCAGUAUGUGACUGCUGGUGCCUGAUAACACUGAUAUCAAGCUCCUUCAGUAGACGACUUGCUGAGCUACCUUUUUCAUUUGCAAGAGGAUGCGAGCUCUAAGUCAGUGCAGCUGAUAACAGAUUGGACAUUGGAAUAGUUCAUUUGACUUGUAAUUACCUCUUUUAAUGUUCUGCAUCUCUGAAGAAAGGCUUAUUACUGAAGACAAAAAGUCAUCCUGUGCCCCUUAGCUCACAUAGUACUGAUGAUAUACAGAGUUUAAUUUUCCAGUGAAAGCUGCUGAACUGUCAGGCUUCUCGCAUCUUCAGUGGAGACUCACAAGGCUGACAGAAAACAUAUUUCUGAGCUCUUUGUUACUCAUCAAGUAGCUACACAACAAACUGAAGACCAGAAGACAAAAAGGCAGCUGAAGUAGUAAUUCUUUGGAAGAAUUAAGACGCCAAUGUCUUUGAGGUCCUCUUCUACAUAGAAAUACCAGUGAUAUGGUGUUGUGGAAUGAGCAGAGAAUCAAUUUUAUUUGAAGUAAGUGGGGAGAAGAAACACAGCCUUCUGUCUAGAGCACUGGUUUGGAGCCCAAGAAGAAGCAUCUAAAGAGGCAGUAGGUUUGAUUUAGCAAGUCAUUUGCAAAACGAGGAGUGGAGAAGUGCCCUUUAACUACUGAACAAUAGAAAAUGGUCGGCUGUGGAACUCUAUUGUGAAGACCUCAGAAGAUAUAUCAUUUUUUCCAGUCAGCUUUUCAUAAUGUAAAUAUAAUUUGAGCUUUCCCAAAUGGGCUGCUAAACCAUGAACAAGCAGAAAAACCCAUUUUGGACUGUAUUUCUGAACCAGGCUUCACCUUCUGUCUCGGGAACUUAUUAAAGGAUUACAGCUGAAAAAGACAAGAGAAAGAAACAGGAAGCUUAUCCUACAAUGAGAAUUACAAGUACAUCUUGUAUCUGCCCAGUCCUAGUUUGUCUCUGUUUUGUGCAGAGAUGUUAUGGAGCUGCUCAUCAUGGCUCCAUCAAGGUGACUAGAAAUCAAACCAAACACAUAGAAGGCGAAACAGAAGUGCAUCAUCGUCCCAAGCGUGGAUGGGUGUGGAAUCAGUUCUUUGUUUUAGAAGAACAUAUGGGACCAGAUCCUCAGUAUGUAGGAAAGCUGCACUCCAAUUCCGACAAAGGUGAUGGAUCGGUCAAAUAUAUUCUCACUGGAGAAGGGGCAGGGACUAUCUUUAUUAUUGAUGAUACGACUGGAGACAUCCAUUCAACCAAAAGCCUAGAUCGAGAGCAGAAGACACACUACGUGCUUCAUGCCCAAGCUAUCGAUAGACGGACAAACAAGCCACUUGAACCUGAAUCUGAAUUUAUUAUCAAAGUGCAGGAUAUCAACGACAAUGCACCCAAAUUUACAGAUGGACCAUACAUUGUUACUGUGCCAGAGAUGUCUGAAAUGGGUACAUCAGUUCUACAGGUGACAGCCACAGAUGCAGAUGACCCUACAUAUGGAAAUAGUGCCAGAGUAGUGUACAGCAUUCUUCAGGGACAGCCAUAUUUCUCUGUUGACCCUAAAACAGGAGUCAUCAGGACGGCCUUGCACAACAUGGACAGGGAAGCCAGAGAGCAUUAUUCUGUUGUCAUUCAAGCCAAAGAUAUGGCUGGGCAAGUUGGAGGGCUGUCUGGGUCAACAACUGUAAAUAUCACACUCACUGAUGUCAACGACAAUCCACCCAGGUUUCCUCAGAAGCAUUAUCAACUCUAUGUACCUGAAUCAGCUCAAGUUGGAUCAGCAGUUGGGAAAAUCAAAGCAAAUGAUGCAGACACUGGUUCAAACGCAGACAUGAAGUACACAAUUAUAAAUGGUGAUGGCUCUGGGGUGUUCUCCAUAUCUACUGACAAAGAAACAAGGGAAGGAAUUCUUUCCUUGAAAAAGCCGCUGAACUAUGAGAAAAAGAAAUCGUACAUACUUAAUAUAGAAGGAGCAAAUACUCACCUUGAUUUCCGCUUUUCACACUUGGGACCAUUCAAAGAUGUAACAAUGUUGAAGGUCAUUGUUGGUGAUGUGGAUGAACCUCCCCUCUUCACUAUGCCUUCCUAUGUUAUGGAAGUUUAUGAAAAUGCGAAGAUUGGGACUGUUGUUGGCACAGUAACAGCACAAGAUCCUGACACUGCCAACAGUUUAGUGAGAUAUUUCAUUGAUCAUAACACAGAAGAAGAUAGGUAUUUCACCAUUGAUGCUAGUACUGGGACCAUUAAGACUGCCAAGAUUUUUGACAGAGAGGAGACACCGUGGUACAACAUCACAGUGGCUGCUUCUGAGACAGAUAAUCCUGGGCUAGUGAGCCACGUUCCGGUUGGUGUUAGAAUUCUGGAUGUCAAUGACAACCCUCCAGAGCUCGCCAGAGAUUAUGAUGUAGUCGUCUGUGAGAAUGCAAAGCCUGGUCAGGUAAUUCAGACUAUCACUGCAACUGACAAAGACAACUCUGCAAAUGGAGCAAGAUUCCAUUUUUCUCUUGAAGAAGGUCUUUCUUUGAACCCAAAUUUUACUCUAAGGGACAAUGAAGAUAAUACAGCCAGUAUCCUAACAAGACGAAGAAGAUACAGUCGAACCGCUAAAGACAUCUAUUACCUCCCAGUUUUGAUUUCUGAUGGUGGAGUGCCCCCUCUCAGCAGCAGCAGUACUCUCACAAUUAGGGUUUGUGCCUGUGAGAGAGAUGGACGAGUGAGAACUUGCCAUGCUGAAGCUUUCCUUUCCUCUGCUGGCUUGAGCACAGGAGCUUUAAUCGCGAUUCUGCUCUGUGUUGUCAUACUUCUUGUUUUCUCUUUAGCAAUUGUGGUCCUUUUCAUCACCCUAAGACGUAGCAAGAAGGAACCUUUAAUCAUUUCAGAAGAAGACGUCCGGGAAAAUGUUGUGACAUAUGAUGAUGAGGGUGGUGGAGAAGAAGACACAGAAGCAUUUGACAUCACAGCACUGCGGAAUCCAUCAGCUGCUGAGGAGCUAAAAUAUCGGAGGGAUGUUCGCCCUGAAGUGAAGCCUCCACCCAGGCAUCUUCUCUCCUCAAGCUUUGACAGUAUAGAUGUUCAGGAGUUCAUUAAGCAAAGACUGGCAGAGGCUGAUCUGGACCCCAGCGUGCCCCCAUAUGACUCCCUACAGACAUAUGCCUAUGAGGGUCAGAGAUCAGAAGCUGGAUCUAUCAGCUCUCUGGAUUCAGCCACAACACACUCUGACCAGGAUUAUAAUUACCUUGGAGACUGGGGACCUGAGUUCAAGAAGCUAGCUGAACUCUAUGGGGAAAUAGAAUCAGAAAGAACAACUUAGUUGUAAUACCCAGAAGAGAGGUUCCUAAACGACUGAAGAUAUAAUGACAGCAACGGUCACAAAAAAUGAAUACAGUACUUGGAACUGAGCAAGUUGUAUGCAGUUACUGUAGAACAAGUGCCCUUUUCUUAUUUGAAACUGGGUUCUGCAAUUGGAAGAAAGUCAAAUUUUGAAAAAUACAGAAAAAAGAAGCUAUUGUCCCUUGCGUAUAUUUUUUAAUUGCUCAAUAAAGUCUGUGGUACUGUAUCUGUAACAAUACCUAAAGUAAAGCCAAGCAAUGACAUUUUUAUUGCAAUAUGCUUAAGAUCUCUAAGCUACAGUAAGUUAAUGGUCACGCCUGUUUAGAAAGAUAACUAACAGAGGAGCAAAUCUCUUGCAGGUGGUUGUGAUGUUGCAUUUCUAGCUGUGCUCUUGGCCUUGUGAUCACAAUGUGAGGUAGCCAGUGGGGUUUACUAUCAGUGUGAGAAGUGUUAACGGUCCUUUACAUAAGGGAUAAGCCACAUCUGCCCUCUUAAAAUAAAUGGUCCUUUGAUGAUUUAAUCUUAUUGAAUAAGCAGGUUGCAUUGAGAUGAUAUUGUUUCAUUAUGUCCUUCAUAAUCUUUUCAUCCAUAACCAGCUAACAAAGGGAAGGUGUCAUUAGUUGUUAGCCCAAAUAUGGCUCUAAGUGAGUAACCCCAGACCUGCUAUAUUUCUGCAUGCUAGAGGAACUGUUGCUUCCAGUGUUGUGCUUUUUAUUUUUGUCUUUUCACAGGAAUAUCAUUCAUUUAAAUGGAAUGGAUCAAAAGCACUCUUUAUGCAGUGAAGCAGAUGAAGCAUAGGCUCUUACAAUAAAGACAUUGGCAGCACCAUUAAACUAUGCAGUUGUUUGCUUCAGUGUGCUCCUGUUAUGUCAAUCGAUGAAGCUACAACAACCAGUAUAAAACACAGAAUUCUUAAUCAUAACGUCUUUCUAUUUCUGUGUAUGACUAAAAGCAAAAUAGAGUUGCUAGUAAGACGUUGGAAUAGAAAAAAAUGAAGGAAAGAGAAUGAGAAUAUAAUGGGUUUUUUUUUUUCCUUUUUAAUUCAAGCAACUCAUAUUUAGUUUCUCUUAGGGCAAUUUCCAUCUAAGCAGAGCAAGUUUUUUCCUCUUGUUUCAAGCAUCAUGGGAACAGGAAAAUUUUGAGUCAGUGGAGGAAGAAAAAACAAAAAGGUACCAUUAUUGUGGUUCCCCUGGAUUAAAUAAAUUGAUUUCUUUCUUUAGUAAUUUUUUAGCCUUACAGAACUGCUUAAGAGUUCUGGCUAACACUGUAGGCUACUUAGCACUUAAUCCAGCAGGUUCUUUUGUUUUCCUUUGUUUUGUUUGAGACUUUAACCUUUUGUUUGUCUUUUAUGUGAUAAUGCUGGGAGAGGACCAGGAGUUCCUAAUAUCCCAUGAAAGAUUAUGACCAAUAAAGCUCACCAUUUCUUACAGUCUUCUGCUUCUAAGAAAAUUUACAUCUGCUUAGGGAAGAGGACUUCUUGCAAUUGCAUUUGAUAGGGAAACUGUCCGGAGCAGAAGCUGUGUACUGUUUGUUUACUCUCUGGUCUAGUGUGGAGAGUGAUACAGAUCUGCACUUUCCACUACAUUCCUCCCUGUGUAUUUUAGGUGUCACUUAUUUUCAGCUAGGUAGAGGAGAGAGUACCUUUUCCUCCUUAGAGCAGCGUCUGUAUUUCUGGCUGACCAGCUGUGGGCCACACUGGUGAACCCCAUUAUUAAUCCUUCCUUUCUUCACUGUAUGGUUGGGUAGGUCCUAGAUAAGACUGAAACUUUGGAAGAGUUCUACUGUGAAGAUUUUUUUUAUGUUUCUAAAUUAUCUCCUUCCUGAGAUGAUGUUGACUAUUUUUUGUUAAACCAGCCUUCUGGAAAAAAUAGCAAAUAGCUCAGUAAGAAACUCUGCAAACUCUAAAAAGUAUUAGUGUAGUGCCAGAACUAUUUUUUACUGCACUGUUUUGUUUGCAACUUGAAAAUUGUAUUAUUUACCUUUCUAUCAACAUCUGAACCCACAAGGCAAUUUGGAGUUAAAACUCCUAAAUGUUCUGCUGAUGAUUUGAAAGUAGAUUAAUAAUCUGUGAUUUUUUUUUAAUUUUUAUCACAUACAGAAUCUUCUAGAAAUGAUUUUAAAGAGACAUAUUCAUUGUAGAGUUUGUAAAGUAAGGUUAAAUGGAUGCUUUAAUGCAGCAAGAGUUAUACUCAAGCUGUGAAUGGCUUACGUAUUGUCUUUUUUGGAAGUAGGUUUAGGAUAUGUUUCAGUUUUAUCCCAAAUGAAGCAAUUAGUUAUGCUGGAUUUUAUGAGGAGAAUUUUUUUUUUUUUUACUAGGUCACAUUUGCUUUAUGCUAGUAUUUAUAUUUUUAUGUUAUAUGAAUAGAGUGCUACGAAGAAAAUCUUCCAGCACUAGUAGUACCACGAGCCAUAAUGCUUUGUACCACAUCUGCAUGAAAACUGCAUUCAUUGUAUUAUAGUUUUGAGAGCCAGGUAUUAGUUAUCUUUAUGUCUGUUCCCUCUGGCCCUACACCAAAGCAGGGAAAAAAAAUUGUAUUUUGUGCUAUACGCAGUGUUCCCACCCAUAUUUUCUUUUCAUUUGCAUCACAGAAUGUUCAGGCUUAAAGCCAACAGAAGCACAAUGCAAUGACAUGAGCAAUUAAUUGUUUCUUAUGCUCAUGUUUUGAUUAAGUUAAGGAGAGAAGGAGAUCAUAUCUCAGAUAAAUAAGUAUCCCCUUUUCACCACUCCUAGUGCUCUCUCUGCUGCUGAACAGCACAUGCAUUGUACCCACAGCCCCAGGAGUUCUGAAUCCUUUAAAACUCCGCAGGGUUGUUGAGAUGCUGCUUCAGUGAUGUUGCAGUGUGUCCUGUUUGGUAUGUCUUAUCCACAGUGAUCGCAGAAUGUGCUUUUCUAUCAUGAUACGUCUGCAUGCUUGCUAUUCUUGCUGUUUUAAACUCAAACACACAUCACAGUGUCGUGUUGUUUGCAUGACAAAUGGCAGAAUAUUAAAUCUUCAGGGCCACAGAAUGAGGCCUCACAGUGCAGAAAGAACAGGUUUACAGAUUUCUCUCCCUGAAUCCACAACUUUUCCUUUGGUCCUUUGUGUCCUAGAAAAAUAUUAAGCUCUAUUUGAGAAUUUUUAUGUUCACACUGAUUAAACUGGAAAAAAAAUAACAGUAUGCCAUGGAGGGCACAAUCAUUUUGUAGCAUUGCUUAUUUAACCAAAAUGUACAUUUAUUGAAACUGUUGUGGGAAACUCCUAGUUUAUGUUUGAGUCUGAUUGUAUACUCUGUGUUCAAAGCUGUCAUGGUUUUUUUGUGUACUCAUAUUCUCAGUAUUUUUUCUGUUAGCCUGAGUAGUAAUCCUGUUGUUAUUUAACAACUAACACUGAAAACUGCCAGUUUUACUUAAAAUGGAAGAUACUGAGUGAAGUUAACUGGCACAUACAAGUGAUGCUUAAGGGCUUUCCAAUUUACAAUUUUAUUUCUGCAACAGCUAUUCAAUUAAUAGUACACGUACACAAAAUUAAUUACUCACACUCUUUCAAAUUAACCCCCUUUCUUGUAAUGAUGAAGGCACUCAGUAUGUUAUAAUCUUGACACAUUAUCUAAGUAAAUGAUAUAAUAAGUAUUUUAAAAGGUAAAAAUAUAUUGUCAACCUAAAACUAGUCAAAAAUGUAACUUAAUACACUUUAAAGACAAGGAAGUUCUUGAAUUCAGCUGACAUUAGGUUAAGAUUCAAACAUUGAAAACAAGUUAAUUUGUUUAUCAGUUAUUAAUAUAUUGUCAUUUAUUACACAUAUACAGAAGAUUGUAAAAGUUGAAAGUAAUUUCACUCUGUUAGGCACUUUAUUUUUUGCAUUCUUCUUAGACAACCAAAAUAAUUGUAAAUGUUUUUGGGUUUGAAUUCUAAUUGAUGCAGUUGUUUAAGUUGUGAAUACUACAAGAAAAUGUCUAUGUAAACAUAUUCUCACUGGUAUUUAAAAUGAAUCACAAAAUUUCUGUGGUCUAAGACUUUGUAAAAUCAUCUUGUAGAAAAUCUAAAUAUUGGACCAAUCUGGAGUUAACCAAACUCAUAGACACGCACAAAGGGUGACAAAGGAAAUGUUAUAAAUGCAGAAAAGAACAUGAAAUUAUGCUGUCUAGGGAUUUGUGGAUUAUAAAGUGCUAAGACCUUGUACUUGCAGUACAUAUAAAUGGCACAGUACAUUCUAAGGAACACUAGGAGUGUGUUGCAAGUAUUGGUCCAUCUUAUUUUUCCAAAGUCUCCAAAAAUAUAUAUAUAUUUUUUAACAAAGGAGUAAUGUAAAGUAUACCUCCUUAUGCAAGUGUUACCGAUAGAAAUUGUUAUGUUUUCUUUUAAUAAACAAAAGGGACAAAAUCUUUUAUUCGUAUUUUUCAAAUAAAGAUAUGCUCUUUACUAUGGUGAUGGGUUAUUGUAUUCCUCAUCACAACUGGAACGGGUUAUUUUCUCAUCACUCCUGCUUUUCAUACUCACCAAAGAAAUAUAACAAUCUAUAGGCACUCUGUCUUUAAGAAUGAGAUGUGAUACAGCAGUACUAAUGAGGUCAAUGUCAGAAACGGUAUGGUAACUUUAGCUAGACUUUAAUGCCUGAUACAGUCACUCAGUUGUGUCACUGUUUCAAAGACUGCCUGACAUGAUAAUUACUACAGAUGGGUAGGGAGAAAAAGAGACACCAAGAGAUACUUUGCAACAGACUGCAGUAUAACUGCUAAAUGGUUCAUUACUUUUACUUGUGACAAC